GAAGUAUUGCGUUGCACCAGUCAUGGCAAUGGGGCAAGAAUACACAGGCACCUUUGCUGCGCAGUACUUCGCCACUGGCAAGGACUGCUGCAGAGAUUUGGAGUUCACCUGUGGCGAUGCCUUGGACGAGGCUGCGCAUUCGGGCUUGGUGAUCUUCAACAAGACACAGACAGCACUGAGCUGGGCCUUCGCACAAGACCUGGACUAUUUCAUGAAGGCAGCGCGCAUGGCGAGCGCCCGUUUUGGGAUCCACCUGGCGGAGGAGCCAAUCUUCGUCUCCUGGGUCAGUGAUACAAAGACAGCCAUGGCAAAUCUUUGGCCGGAGGCGAGAAACAUUUGGCUGCUCUCCUCCAUGUUGGCCCUGCCAGCCUUCGCGGUGAUCAGCUUUGCCUGUGAGGCCUUCAAGCGGGCAGGAAACCGCUUCAGCAAAGAGAAGGAACUCCCAUAGGCAGAGUGCAAGCUGAACGCCUGAAUCAUCUGAUCUCCUCAGCUGGCGCCGGUGAUGCUUCCGUCGCUCAACGGGUCCUUCGACCAAAAAGCGGCCGAAGCGCUCCGAACUGGUCGGGCCGUGUCGGUCGGAGAGUCACGGAGAGUCACGAAGUUAUAACGCAAGAGGCAACCAUG